AUGGUGCACAAACGGCUGCGAAGCCGCGUGUCGACGGUCUCAGAUUCCGAAGAGGAUGAAACGGACGCUCGCUCCAGCUCUCCGUCCACCAGCUCCAGUGAUGAAAGCGUUGACAGCAUCCAAGGUCGACCUCGUCACUCUGGCCCUACGAAAGAAACGCAGCAUAUCAGGAAUCGUAAGACCCUCGAAACAUCUGGCAAGAUGCCUGGAACAUACAAUUCUCCAGAAGGGCUGAGAGUCGACUUUGGUAAUGGAGAGAUUGGGAAAAGACUUGCACGAAACGCUGCCAUUGAACGAGAGCGGCAAAUGCAAGCCGCUGCUCAACUUCACCACGCACGUCAAGGCGAGCAAUUUCGAGCACCAAAAGCCCGUCUUGAAUCGCGCAGCCUAGGGGCCAGGCUCUAUCCUACCUUCAACAUACGCCUCAACAUUGACGAACAGCUUCACAUCCCCGUUCUUGAGGCCCUAAACCUCUCCUCACCAGCCGCAUCGAGACCCAUGACCCUCAAAACGCUCAAAACCCGCCGUCGGAAAGUCCUCAGCGCCUUCGACGACUUGAACACGCACCUCACAUACACCCUCCCCUGCGCAUUCAAGAACUACGCCCGCCCAGCCCCAGCCCCAGCCCCAUCGCAAAUCCAAACCUCCAUAAUAAACGCCCACCUUACGACGACCAUCACCACCGCCCUCACCCGCACAUCAAACGCCCAAAACGCCCUCGCGCGCCUCUCAUCCCACUACGCGACCCUGACUGCCGCCUACACUUCCCUCGCGGACAUGGCGGCCCAGAACAUCGCCCCCAGGGAUCCUACAUGGCUUCAAUGGACUUCUGAAGGCUUCAACAAAUACGUGCGGCGUAAAGUUCCUACGCCGUGGGCAUACCAGAAACUAUGGGGCGAGGCAGUCGCGAAACACGAGGAGUCAUUGGACUGGGCCGAUCGUACGCAGCGAGCGGUGGAGAAUUGCGUGGCGGAGGAGCGGGCGGUGGAGAGGAUGGCGGAAGAGUUGGGAUUCUGGUAUACAGAGCUGGUGGAGCUGGAGGUUGUGGCGAGGAUGCCGGCGGCGCUGGAUAUAGCUGAGCUUGAUGGGUGUUUGAAUGAUUCCAGCCGUCGUGGCUGUAAGAAGUUGAAGGGGGAUGAGGGAGGGGGAAGGGGAACGCGUGAUGACCUGGUCUCGAGAGUGUGGAUGAAGAUGGAGGGGAUUUUUGGGAACCCAGAGCAUCGAGAAGGGAUGAUGGGUGGGAAGGAGGACGGCGGGGAAGGGGUGAGGGACUUUCUGAAGGGGUGGUAUCAUGAUCAUGUCGUUCCGAGGUCGGGUAUGCAUGAGGCUGCGGCUGAGAAGGCUUGGAGGGAGCUGGAUUGUGUUUGUGUGGGGGGAGAGGGCGUAAUGGUUGGAGCUGGUGAGUGA